AUGGGAAACAACGGCUUCUUCCUCCCUCCUAUGGUAUUUGUGGUGGUGUUGAGCUACUCCGUGACUACUUUGUUUGCGGAAUCACCCAACAUCGCUACUGACCAAUCGGCUCUUCUUGCACUAAAAGCCCAUGUCACCCAUGACCCUCUAAACUUGUUGGCAACCAACUGGACUAGUGGCACCUCUGUUUGCAACUGGAUUGGUGUCACUUGCGGAUCCCAUCAUCAAAGGGUUACCACUCUUGAUCUUUCUAACAUGAAUCUUACAGGCACCAUCCCACCUCACUUGGGAAAUCUAUCUUUUCUUUCUCUGCUUAACAUCAGAUUUAAUCAUUUUCAUGGCUCAUUGCCCGUGGAGUUGGCUAAUUUGUCUUCGCUGAAAUAUAUAAGCUUUGGUCACAACAAUUUUCAUGGAGAAAUUCCGUCGUGGUUUGAUUCCUUCACUCAACUUCGUAGCUUGUUUCUAUAUAGUAACAACUUCUCUGGUAUUAUCCCGUCUUCUUUGGGCUCUUUAUCAAAUCUUGAGCAGUUGAUGUUGAUGGACAAUUAUCUGGAGGGGCAAAUUCCUAUAGCAAUAAAAAAUCUUUCCAACUUGAAAUGGUUGUAUUUGGAGAAUAAUCAGCUCUCAGGUCAACUCCCAUCGACUCUAUUUGAUCACCUUCCUAAGUUACAAGAACUGGUUUUGGAAUUCAACCUUUUCUGCGGUAAAAUUCCAAUUAGUUUAUUCAAAUGCCAAGAGUUAGAAGUUUUAAGUCUAGCGGACAAUACCUUGGAGGGAAGUGUGCCUCAAGAAAUUGGGAAUUUGACUAGAUUAAGCGAGUUGUACCUCUAUCAUAACAACCUAACAGGUGAAGUUCCAUCAAUAAUCAGAAGCUUGUCUUUUCUUGAGUAUCUUGAUUUGAGCUAUAACGACUUGUCAGGUCGACUUCCAGCUCUACAAUCUUCCUUGCGUGGCCUAGACGUUUCACACAACAAUUUAAUUGGCGAAAUCCCUUCAUCAAUUUGCAAUAUGAGUUCAUUGGUAGACUAUUUCAUUUUGUCUUCAAAUAAUUUUCGUGAAAUGAUUCCAGAAUGUCUUGGAAACUUGAGCAAUUCUAUUACCAACGUGGAUCUAAGCAGGAAUAAUUUUCAUGGGAAAAUACCUGGAAAUUUUCAUAAAGGUUGUCUGUUAAGAAGUUUCAGCAUCCACCACAACAAACUAGAAGGGUUGUUGCCGCGCUCUUUGGUCAAUUGCUUGGAUUUGGAAAUUUUAGAUGUAAGGAACAACAACUUAAAUGACACAUUUCCAAAUUGGUUAGGAAACUUGGGUUUACAAGUUCUCAUCUUGCGACAUAAUAGAUUCUAUGGUCACAUUGAUAACUUUGAGGGUAGAUUUUUCUUCUCUGAUUUGCGAAUCAUUGAUCUCUCACACAAUGAUUUCAAUGGCUUUUUGCCAACGAAAUUUUUUGAAAAUCUGCAUGCCAUAAGAAGUGAGAGUGGAAACAAAAGUGACUCAAAUUACAUGAUGUAUAUUGGGUCUGAUCAAGAUGAAUAUUUAUAUCAUUCUUUAUCUAUUACGAUAAAAGGGUUGGAUAUGGAGUUCCCAAAUAUCUUAACGAUUUUGACGAUUAUUGAUUAUUCAAAUAAUCGAUUUCACGGACAAAUUCCUGAAAUACUUGGAGAACUUCAUUCACUUGUUGUCCUCAACCUUUCUCACAAUAGUUUAACGGGUCCAAUCCCAUCAUUGCUAGGAAACUUGUCAGCACUUGAAUCAUUAGAUCUCUCAUCGAAUAAGCUCGAAGGAAAAAUUCCAGCACAAUUAGUAAAUCUUAUAUUCUUAGAGGUGUUAAACCUUUCGUGGAAUAACCUUGUGGGACUUGUUCCUCGAGGCAAUCAAUUCGAAACUUUCACAAAUGAUUCCUACAUUGGAAAUUUGGGUUUAUGUGGGCUUCCUUUAUCAAAAAAUUGUAGUGAUGAGCAGAUUUUGAUACCACAAUCAACAAAGUUUGAUGAAGACGGUGACACCAUGAAUUGGAAAUUUUCUAUAUUGAUGGGGUAUGGAUGUGGACUAGUGUUUGGGUUGAGCAUGGGAUAUGUUGUGUUCACAACUGGAAAACCACAAUGGUUGGUUAGGAUCUUUGAGAGAGGUCAACAAAAAUAUGCUAUUGGAGGGAAAAUCUGCAGAAAUGGAGGAAGAAACUAAUACAGCUAAUGCUCUUAGGUCAAGUAUGUGCCAACUUCCAAGAUUAAUUUCUUCCACAGAUAGUUUGGUAAAUUAGGAUCUUGACAAGAAAGGAGAUUUUGCAAGGCUGGUGGAUUCUAUGAUCAUGAUAUAUGUAUAUAUUGCUGUGGGCUUUCUUAUUUUGUUGGUCUCCUCUAUAUUAGACAGUUUUACUGUUAGUUGGAUUGUUAUAGCUAAUUUCAGUUGUAUUAGUCCUUUUAUAAGCAUUGUAUAAUCCAAAAUGGA